UCGUCAGGGGCUUCCUGGGAGGUAAGACCGAUACCGGCCUUCCCGGCCAUGGCCAGCCGGGCGGGGGCCGGGGCUGCGGUUGCCGGCGCCGCCGUUGUCGCGGUGCUCUCGGCCGCGCUCGUGCUCUACGGGCCGCCGCUGGACGCAGUUUUAAAUCAAGCAUUUCCACUGCAUACAGCACGCUCAGUAACGGACAUGGAGGCUGCUUUGCAGCUGGUGAGGAAUGUGGUGCCUCCUCUGGCCGCCUGGAAGCACAAAGGGCAAGCUGGGAGGAUAGGCGUGGUGGGAGGCUGCCCAGAGUACACUGGAGCCCCCUAUUUUGCAGCAAUCUCAGCUCUCAAAGUGGGCGCGGACUUGUCCCAUGUGUUCACCACCCAGGAUGCUGCGCCUGUGAUCAAGUCAUACAGCCCGGAGCUGAUCGUUCACCCGGUUCUUGACAGCCCCAGUGCCGUCCAAGAUGUGGAAAAGUGGUUGCCCCGACUGCACGCCCUGGUCGUAGGGCCUGGCUUAGGCAGAGACGACGUUCUUCUCGAAAACGUCAAGGGCAUUUUAGAAGCGUCCAAGACCAGGGGCAUCCCCAUCGUCAUCGACGCGGACGGGCUGUGGCUGGUCGCUCAGCAGCCGGCCCUCAUCCAAGGCUACCAGAAGGCGGUUCUCACCCCCAACCACGUGGAGUUCAGCAGACUCGCCGAGGCUGUGCUGGGAGACCCCCUGGAUGGCAGGGACCGCUACAGAUCUGUGCAGAGACUCAGCCAGGCCCUGGGCAACGUCACCGUGGUCCAGAAAGGGGAGCAGGACGUGAUCUCUGAUGGCGGGCAGGCGCUCACGUGCAGCCGGGAGGGCAGCAGCCGCAGGUGUGGCGGGCAGGGGGACCUCCUGUCGGGCUCCCUGAGCGUCCUGGUGCACUGGGCCCUCCUGGCUGGCCCCGAGAAGACCAAUGGGUCCAGCCCGCUCCUCGUGGCUGCCUUUGGUGCCUGCGCGCUCACCAGGCAGUGUGCCCGCCAAGCCUUCCAGAAGCACGGCCGCGCCACCACCGCCACAGACAUGAUCAGGGAGCUCGGGCCCGCGUUCAGCAGACUCUUCGAAACCUCAGCUGGUGCAGACGGAGGGGUGGCCCCGACGGGGGAGCUGCGUUUGUGACGGGGCCCACCUCCGGUCCAUCCGAGUCCGCUGGGAGGUGUGUGAGUCUGUGCCGUGUGGGUUGACGUAGACAGUGUCAGAGCUUGGAACGUAGCACUUUCUGGCUCAACUGCUGUGUGCUUGGAGAUGUUAUGAUAGGAAACAGAGUAUUCCUGAACUUUUCUCAGCUUCUGGGCAAUAUCAGAAAAGAAUGAAGAGAAUCACGACAGCGAGACCGUCCGUCACCAGCUCAGCUGAGGUCGUGGGCUUUUGCUGUGCGAUUCUUCUGUUUGUGGGAAGUUCCCCUCCUCCGGUAGUCCUCUCGGGGGGAUCCCAUCACUCGUUUUCAAAUGUCUACAUGAAUGAUGUUUUCUUUUUUAAACUGAGGUCCUCGAAGGGAUGUGGCAUUCAUUCUUUAGCUCAUUUUUGUUUCUUUUUGAACGGUGAUUCGGUUGGACACACCUGGGCAGAAAUAUUAAGCAUUGCUUGUUUUCGUCAAUUGGUUGAAAUAUUUCAGAAUAAUGAGAAAUCUGUUAGAACUCUGAAACCCUUUUGGAGGCAGCUGGGAAGAUCACAGAAGGGAAGCGAAUGGGACCCUGACCCCCGAGUGCACAGGUAGGGCCUCUGGGCCCCUGGCCUGUGCACCAGUUGGGUGCUGGCUGACAGGCCCCAGCACAGCACAUGGGAGUGGGAGGGACGCCUGGGGCUCCAGGGUCGGGCGGGAGAUGGCACCCAGGUGGGGGGCACCAACACUGCCUUUAUGCCUGCUCACGGAGCAGGACGGCAGGUCCCUCUGCUUCGAGAGUGGGUGUGGCUUCAGGAACGUUCUGAAGAAGUUCUCUCUGAAACUGUAGUGAGUUGUCCCAUCUGCAUCAGAUCAGCUUGGGCGCGGCUGUCAGUGUGGGCAGUUCUCUUUGUGGCCCGAGAGCUGGCUGUCUCCCGUCACAUCUCUGCUGGGCUGGUUACAGCACGUGUGCUUGAGUGUACUCUCAGGCGUUGGUGCCGCCUUCUGUGGGGCGGGGCCUGGCCUGUCCGUCUGUCCUUCCCCAGGGACUCCUGCUCUGCGGUCAGAAACCUCCCCGCAGAAAGGUCCCACUUCCUCUAAAUAGUCGUGGACUUUCAAGAUUUCCUUUAAAAUGUUUACCAUUGUUAUUUCAUAUCUAACUGUAGAAGAGUUUAAGUGUCACGGACAUUCUUUCCUUUGGGGAAUUACGCCUAAAUCAUGGUCUCUAUUAAAAAGCAGAUCUGGUUUACUUCA